AUGUCAGAGAGCUCUGAUACCACGGAGGCCUACGAAGAAGCCAAAGAAACGCAGGAUAAUACGGACUCCAAUGGGGAGCCGGGUCUGGAGUCUAAUGUGGAGCCCAAUGUGGAGCCCAAUGUGGAAUCUGCUUAUAAUAUAUUACAGCAACGUCGUGUAGAGGCGAGAAAGAUUGAAUCUGAGGAAUCGCAGAAGACUAAGGAGGGUGAUAAAUUGUGUGCUGUUCCCAAGGGAUGGCUGGAGAGAUUUUUCAGUGAGUCAUUUGACGAGUCUGCGCAGGAUAUUGAUAAUGAAUUGGGGCGUUUAUCAUCCAGAGGCAUCUUGGAUGAGACUGGCGUGGUACUAACAAAAGAUUUUGAUUUUAUUUCAAGAAAACUGUUUGAUCUACUAUGCCAAUGGUACGGAUGGAAAGAUGGGGAUCCAGUGGUGGAAAGAGAAGCAUAUUUCAACGCUGAAAAGGCACAGAUGGACGUCGAGACUUGGCCCUUAUACAUAAUUCUCCACGUUCUUACUGCCAAUGCGUCUCAAGUCAAUCGAUUCAGUAGUGUAGACGCUACACCAUUUUUAGUUUCGAGCCACAGCACUGCCAAGCACUUGAAGGAAACUGUGGAGAGAACAUACGACGUGGAUCGUCGGGCCAAAACGAGAAUAUGGCAGAUUGCCGUGAAGGAUGGCUACAACUUUCCUUCAGUGGUGCUCCCGAGCUUUGAAGAGACCAUUACCGAAAGUAUGCUAAUACAUACUGGCGGCAAAUAUGGCCUUCGAACGUUGGAAGAGAGUAAGGUUCGCUCGGGGCACAUUUUGAUGGAGUUGCAACAGCCUGACGGAUCUUAUCUCAUGGAUACUGCAUCCGAAUUGAUGCUCGAUGACGGUUUGGUAGGUUUAAACAACUUGGGGAACACCUGUUACCUGAAUUCGGCAUUGCAAUGUCUUGUUCAUAUCCCUGAACUGACUUACUAUUUUCUCUACGACUACUACAAGAAGGAAAUUAACAAGGAGAAUCCGUUAGGCAGUCAGGGUAAGAUGGCCGAAGCUUACGGGACGCUUGCCAAACACUUGUUUGAUAGAAGGCUGAUCGGUCAACAGACUUCUUUUGCACCUCGUGAUUUCAGGUAUACUAUAGGAUUUUUCAACUCAAUCUUUUCGGACUAUAGACAGCAGGAUUCACAGGAAUUCAUCGCAUUUUUGCUUGAUGGGUUGCACGAGGAUCUCAAUAGGGUGAUACAGAAGCCGUAUGUGGAGAAACCAGAGCUUCCACAGGGGAAGGUUGAGGAUCAAGAGGAGAUUAGAAAGCUUGCAAGACAAUGCUGGUUAGCUCAUAAGAAGAGAAACAAUUCUGUGGUGAUUGACUUGUUCGUUGGUCAAUAUAAAUCGACCUUAGUCUGCCCCGAGUGUGGAUAUGUCAGUAUCACAUUUGAUCCUUACAACGAUCUCACACUUCCCCUUCCUAUCACUCGAAAGUGGAAUCACAAGGUGAAGAUAUUAUUUCAAGAGGGUAGACCGAAGCUGUUCGAGGUGGAUUUGCCGAGAUCUGCCACUUUUUAUGAUCUGAAAGCUUACGUUUCGAGAGCCAUUGAUGUUCCAAUGAAUGAGAUCAUCUGUUUGGAAGUAUUUCAAUCACAGGUUUAUAAAAACUAUGAGGACAAGGAUUCAGAUACUCGUUAUUUGCCCAUUUCAGAUCUUAUCAGCAAAGGUGACGAUAUAUGGUUCUAUCAGGUAUGUCACGAGCCAGGCGAUUUGGUGGUUCCUGUGUUUAGCACCGUUCUUGGAGGCCCUUUGCUGAAAAAUAAAGUAUUCGGCAUUCCAUUUUUCAUCACGUUGAAUGAAAAGGAAAGAAAUUCAUACGGUGCCAUAAGAGAGAAGUUGGAAAAACGGUAUACACAAUUAUCCACGUAUCAGUACUUUGAGAAGGUGAGGUCACAAUCGAAAGGUGAAUAUUCUUUGGACGACUUUGAUAAGCUUGAUGAUAUCUUGAAGAAGGAACUUGAAGAGUACGAUGAAGAGGAUGAUUUGGCUUCUAUUAUUUCAUCGGCUAAUCCUGAACUUCCUGGUGAUUGUGCAUUUCACGUGAAGCUGUUAGGCGGCGGUCCUAAAGUGAGGACCAGGAGAAGUUUUGGAAGCAGAUACGGGCACCACGUAGGAUAUCAUAGCUUUGCAUUUGGUCAGCAGGCCAGAUGCAAGGAAAUAGGGAAAGAUGAGGACGACGAAGACGAUGGCGAAGGUGACGAUGAUAAUUUAUGGAUUCCUGAGACUAAUGGAAAUUUUGAUGGUCUGCAAGAUUUGUUGGACAAGCUUGAUCCUUUGAAGGCUGCAUUAUAUACUUAUCAUGCAAUUGAUGAUAAAGAUGAAACUGAGAAAGGAGAGGAAGGAGAGGAAGGAGAGGAAGUCGAAGAAGAAGAUGAGCUCAUGAGAAGAGACCAAGAUGGUGAAGAGGAUUCGGAUGCAAUGGACGAAGAAGCAGAGGAAGAAGAAGAAGAAACAGGAGAAACAGCAGAGGUGAUCGAGGUCGACGGAAACGAUAAAGAUAUGGCUAUUUCUGACAGUUCUUCUGGAUCCAAUGUGACAGAAGAAGUGAAGUAUAUCUCUUUAGUAGAAGAUAAAAUGGCAUUAGUUUGUCAGUGGGAGCCAGAACUUUUCGAUGUGUUUUUCACUGGACUUGAAGAUGAAGAAGAUGGAGGACGUGAGACAUGGACUCAUCCUCCAAUACUUCAUAACGCCGAACUUGAAGACAACCGGAAAGAGGCUGCUUUGAAACGCAAAAAGACAAUCGACUUAGACGACUGUCUCGAUAUGUUUUCAAGGCCGGAGGUUUUAGGUGAACGGGAUUUAUGGUACUGUCCCUAUUGUAAGGGGCAUCGACAGGCUACCAAGAAAAUCGAGAUUUGGUCAGUUCCAGAUAUUCUUACAAUUCAUUUGAAGCGGUUUGAAUCGAGCCGGAGCUUCAGUGAUAAGAUAGAUGCUGUUGUAGAGUUUCCUAUCGAAGGCUUGGAUCUAUCUAAGUACGUGACAGAUGGAGAAGCACAUGAUGAUCUCUUAUAUGACUUGUUUGCUGUGGAUAAUCACUUUGGGGGUAUGGGAGGUGGACAUUACACAGCAUAUGUGAAGAAUUUUGUGGAUGAUAAAUGGUAUUAUUAUGAUGACUCCCGGGUGACGGUUGCAAACCCAGUUGACUCUAUUCGAGGAAGUGCCUACUUAUUAUUUUACCGUAAAAGAACGAGUGGACCAGUUGGAGGAGAAUAUUUCAGGAAGAUGGAGGAAGAGAUCAGUCAAAAACGAGCCGAACGGGAUGAGAAAUUGAAGGAACUUAGCAAAAUGGAGGAAUUAUUAGGAGAUGAAGAUGGAGAGAGGGAAGACACGAGCGAAUAUGGAAGCAGUGGAAGUGAUAUAGAUGGUACGGUUAAAAGAAGGAAGAAGAUGGGAGCUAUAAUGAUGGGACGAUCAUCAUCAGAUAACGUAAACUCGCCAUUAAGUGACAGAGAAGAAGUUAUGAGCACAGUCAGCUCGACUGCGAAUGCACCGGAUAUCGAGUAG